CAUUCGCUGAAAGAAGUUAGGUGAUGGAAGCGCGAUUUAUGAGAUAUCGCAUUUCACAUCAGAGAAGUGCAUAUGUCUCGGUCACUCCUGAUCAUGUGUUUUAUUGGAAGCUGAGACUUUGGAAUCUUUCUGAUACAGUGAAUACUCCAAACAAGCAUUAUGACUAGGACAACGUAUCUCUCUCCUGUGACUACAGAGUCAGCAAUCAUACAUCGAUUAAAUAUUUCUCUCUUUGAAGGUCUUUCAAAUUAUACCACUGCUGCGAACUUCUCAGAUUAUGACUUUUCAUAUUUCACGGAAUCGCCUGAUUCCAAUUCCAGCAUAUCGAAAACACCAACUUUCGAGCUGGCCUACCUAAUACGAAUCAUCACGCUCUCCACCAUCCUGGUUCUCUCAGUGCCUCUCAAUUUCAUUGUCCUCCUCACUGUCUGGCGACAACGAGGUCGAAAAUCCCGCGUCAACCUCCUCGUCCUCCACCUCACCAUCGCCGAUCUCCUCAUCACCUUCAUCAACAUCUCGACCGAUGUGGUGUGGUUCUGUACGGUGGCCUGGUUGGCGGGGAAUACCAUGUGCAAGCUCAUCAUGUUCAUGGAGACGUUUGCGAUGUACGCGUCGUCGUUUGUCCUGAUCGUCAUCAGCAUCGAUCGUUAUGCCGCCAUCGUUCACCCGCUCAGCGUCAGGGCCGCAGACAGGCGAUGUAAGAUCAUGUUGAGGGUGGCCUGGGGAUCAGCAGCUGUUUGUAGCAUACCUCAGCUCGUGGUCCACGAGCUCAUGUCACCAUCUUUCAACCCGACGUUCUACCAGUGUGUCGAUUACGGCUUCAAGGAAAAGUACUUCCGGCUGUGGUGGCUCUAUCAUAUUUUCGUCACUCUCAUUAUGUACGUGGUUCCCUUGGCAACCAUAUUCGCUUGCUAUUCAUCCAUCGUCUGGAAAAUCGUUAGAAGAACAAAUGGAUUAACGAGUUGGAGUAAGAAACCCGGGAAGACCACGCUCCGUAUGGCGGCAAUGAUGGCAUACCACGUGCUCGCAUGAGAGCCUUUCGUCUCACCGCCGCCAUCGUCGGCGGGUUCGUCAUCUGCUGGUCGCCCUACUACGUCGUCUCGACCUGGUACCACGUCGAUCAUGGCUGGCAGGACGAGUCGGAACCACCUGACCCUCCGUGGCUGUUCGAUGUCCUCAUCGCUCUCGGGUACCUCAACACGUGUGUUGAUCCAGUCCUAUACGGCAUCUUCACCACCAAGCUGGCUGGCUCGUGACGUCAGACACUGCUGGCGUACGUCUAAACCCGUCGCCAGAGGGAGACAGAGGUUGACGAGUCGACGUUCGACCUCCUCUUCAAACAACAAUCCGGUGACGGUGGGGUCAUCGGUUCGACUGGGAAUGACCACGGUCAAUGUUGUCAGCGAGGAGAGACAAGCGGUGCACUUUAGCAUUCCGGACGAGGAAGAGAGGACUGUUAUCCCGUAAAAAAGGGGGGAAAGUCG